CAGAGGUGACCCGUCGAGACGAGACCUUCCCUCCCUCGUCGCUUCAUUCCUUCGUGUCUUGCAUGGGACUCGACUAGCUCAUCCGAAUCCUUGUGAGUUUGUCGGCCCCGCGUACGAUGUAUCGACAGUCGGGGAUGACGAGAGUCCUUCGCCUCGUCUUCGUCUUUUUGUGCCUUCGACAUGCAUCGGCUUCGACGGCGCUGCCGUUAGAGGAAAUGCUGAUAAGCUUGAAAGCAGAUAUAUUGGAGGCAUCGGUGGACGCAAUCCGCGAAUUCCAGCGAGACUCCUCCGACACCUCCCACGUCUACCACUCCGUGGUGGCCUCAACGAUGGACAAACCCCGGGAAGACAUCGCGAGGGCGGACGCGGAGCAGGCGAUCGAGACGGAGUUGGAGUUCGAGGAGUUCGUCGCCGGGAGGGACGUGACGCUGGAGGACGGGGCGACCGUGGGUGGGGUGGACGUCUCGGAGGAAGUCGUCACCACCGAUAAUCAUCACGAAGUGCAGGGACAUUUGGACUUCAAGGACAACGUGACGGUGUGGUCCCUAUACGCGUCCACCGUGCAGGGCGUGGACAUGGACGACCUGGCCCGCCAGGCCGUCACCGUGGACGGAGAGGUCCUGAUCCGUGCCGGGAAGCGAGUGCGGGGGACCUUGGCGGUGGACGGGGGGAUCAGCCUGGACGGGCGGUUCUGCGGGAAGGACGUGGACGCCUUCUUCCGCGUUGCGAGCACGGACUCGCCGGUUCGACUGGGGAAUGUCACGGUCGUGGGGAGCGUCAAGCUGAAGGAGAAUUUGAAGACCGGUCUGCUGAACAAUUUGCCGUACCCGAUCGAAGCCAUCGAUCGACUGGACAGAAAAACCCCAUGGCGCUUGAAAGGCGUGGAGGGGACUCUGACGGUGGCAGGGCCGGUCGAGGUCGACGGUCUCGUCCAGGGCCUGAGUCUCCCGACGGACGUCGUCCCGCUGAACGGCCCCGUCCUCGUCCCGGCUCCCAAGACCUUCUACGGCACGGUCAAGUUCCUCGAUAAGCUCUACCUGAACGGGACGCUGAACAACAUGUGGCCCGACAGCGUCCUCUCGACUCCCUCUGAGCCGAGGAACGCCUUCAAGAAUGUGAUCUUCAAGGGGAAAGUGCACGUCCGUGGGACCAUCAGGACGCCCAAAAUCUUCGACUUGGAGUUUUACGAGCUGAUCAACGAUAUCAUCAUGAGAGAAGAAAUAGAAUCCUCCGGAACUCUGGUCUUCGAAUCCCCAAAAAUCUUGGACGAGCUGAGGGCAACAGCGGCUUUCACGAAAAACCGCAACGACACCGAGUCCGUUCUCUACCUCGUGUCACGGAAGAAAAAUGCGACAAUCAAAGGAAAGAAGUAUUUCUCCUUGGGCGGAUUCAAGGACGCGAUGACCGCCUCCGUGAACGGAUUCCAGCUGAAGGACCUGGCGGACUGCCUCUCGUCGAAGCGGGACCAGGUGAUCCCGCAGCGGUUCCAGCUCCCGAGGGCCUCGUUCGAGACGCUGGACAUUCGGGGGACGGUCAACCUGGACGACCUUGCGGACCUCCGCAGCGAGACCGACACGGCGGAGCUCGCGAUAUUCCAGGAGAAGGUGAAGGUGGAGGAGCUGGUGAUCCGAGGGGGGCUGGACAUCCGGGGGAACCGGCUGAGCGGCACGGGGUGGAAUCGGUUCCUGGAGCACCGGGCGUCGCUCAGCCGGCCGCAGGAGCUCUGGGGGGACUACGAGGUGGACGCGGUGGCGACGGACGCGAUGACCGUGAGGGAGGUCAACGAGGUCGACUUCGAGAAGUUCCUGGGCGCGGUCGUCGGGAGGGACGAGAAGGAGGUCACGAUCCGGAGUCCCAAGCGCAUGGAGGCCAUUUAUGCCAAAGACGUGGAAUGCCUGAAGGGGAUAAACGGUCAGAAGUUGAGCGAGCUCGGUAAUCGGGCCGUUUGGCUCGCUAAGGACAACUACCUCGUCGGGGACUGGACGUUCGACGAGGAACUUGAGGUGGAGCACUUCGAGGCCCUCGGAGAGCUCCAAGGCCUGAACGUCGCGGACAUGGCCGACGACAUCAUCUACCCCAACGAGGACGCCGCCAUCCCCGCCGUGAAGAUCUUCAUCCACGGGAUGUCGGUGCAGGGCAACCUGAACGCCUCCCGCAUCAACGAGAAGCCCAUGGCCGACGUCCUCACCAAGUCCGGGGACCAGAACAUCACCGGGUUCGUGGAGUUCAAGGACGUGAUGGUGAGGAAGUCAAUGGAGGUGGAGGGGAAGCUCGGUCGGGUGGAGGUGGAGGAGCUGGCCGCGCUCGCGAGGGAGUUGCAGCGCGGGGUCUUCUCCCUCUCCAGGGUUCACGGUGGCGACAUCGUGUUUGAGCAUCCUGUUCACAUCUCGGGGAACUUGAACGUGACCGGCAGCGUGAACAGUCACCACCUGAAGCCGCUGCUGAAGUCGGCCGUCCGCGUGGACCGACCGACCGAGAUCACGGCCGUCAAGAAAUUCACGGGCAAGGUGAAUUCCCUGAAAGACAUCAAGGCGGGGAAGGUGGAGGGAGAAGUGUUCCGCGAGGUGGCGAGGGACCUGGUCCUGAAGCGGGGGCACCACGUCGUCCCCGGCCGGAAGGUCUUCCCGUCGCUGAGCGUGAAAGGGGUGCUGGUGGAGGAGCAGCUCGUGGUGAGGGGGAGGGUGGACGGGACGCGGUUGGAGGAGGUGCUGGCCGAUGCGCUCAGGCUCAACAGGAGCGAGGAGUCGCCAGGUUGGACUUUUUUUUGA